AAGCCCUAAAAAGCAGAGCAAAUGUGAAUCCCAUUUGAAUGGAUCGAUAAAUGGGAGGAAUCGAGAGCUGUAUUCCUUCACAACGGAUAUGACUAUUCCUUAAACAGUAUUUCAUAGAUAAGGCGAUAUAUGACAUGAAAUUGGUUUCCAUUAUCUGAAAUAACAGUACAUUUUCGGUGAUUGUCUGCCAGAAAGACAACACACAUAUUGUUUGUCGACGAAUACAGAUAUCGAUAUAAAAAGAGCAUAAUUUGAAAACAUAUGUGAAUUACAGCGAAAAAUGUGUGACUCUUUGGUGGAUGAGGACGAAGGCUUCCUCUAUGAUGAGGACAAAAUGGGAAUGACAGUCACUUCGGGAAGUGUUGUCAUUAAGAAAGACGAAAGCAAUUUAAUUGGUAUAAGCAUUGGCGGCGGUGCCCCUCACUGUCCAUGUCUUUAUGUGGUUCAGGUAUUUGUGUUUGACAACACCCCCGCCUCUCGAGAGGGGACCCUCCAGUCGGGCGAUGAAAUAGUGGGCGUAAAUCAAACGUCAGUAAAGGGUAGCACUAAAGUAGAGGUCGCGAAACUGAUCCAAUCGGUCAAAGAGGAGGUGUCCAUCAAUUAUAACAAACUACACGCCGAUCCCAAACAGGCUUUCAGAAACCUAUAUUAG